UGCGAGUGGGUGAGUAAGUGGUGGUGACUUGGAGCCCACGACGGGGAGCGGGAUUUGCCAGUUGGACUGUUCCCACGCGCGAGACGACGGUAGCAGAGACGCAGCUUUUUCAGCUCAGUUGCAGGCAAACGGAACGCUCGAAACUGAACGGCAGAGCGACCAACGACGGGCGAGAAAAAUUUCUGGUUGUCAAUUUCGAGUUUUGUGUGGAGAAAUCAAAAUAUUUGAAAUUCGCCGUUUAUUUUUUACUAUCCAACAUCAAUAACCGGAGCAGUAGACGCGUAGUCGGAUUGGCAGGCAUCGGGUCGGGUCGAGAGGCGCAGAAUUACGGGAAAGUGGAAACAAACAAACGAGCGAAAAAGCCAGUGUUUGGGUUCGGUCGGGGGUUGGGGACGGGGCCGCGGUUCGAGCGACUGCCAGCGACGUUGCAACUCGAUCAGUUUAUGCAUUAGCGGAGAAAUGUCGGUGCGAACGAAAGUGCUCGGUCUCGUGGACGUGAUUAUGCGCGUGCCGCCGCUGCUGGUGAUCGACGAGAUCCUGAAGAUCAGCAUGGGCCUGCCCGGGUCCGGGUACACGGACUCCGCUGACCCGGGGGCGGUCGCCAGCACAGCAGCCAGGAACAACACGACGGACGCAUUCGACGGCUCGGCGGCCGCCGACAUCAUGGACGCCCUCUCCACAGAUCCUGACUUCUACCACUUCCUGUCGCUGACCACCUUGAAAUUCAUCAUUUGUUUAUUCGGUUGCUUCUGUUCGGCGUGUAUAUUUAUGUUAUGGACCCGAUACCUGGUGAUAGUUUACAUGUUCGUUAUAUCGGUAGGAUUAAUAUUUCUGUCAUAUUGGAGCAAUGUAUCGGCACUUGCGUUGAUUGAAAAUGGUCCUUGUUUGCUCGAGGAUAUUCUUUCAUUGAAUAUGUCGCGGCUAUUGGAUCCAGGAGGUGUAGCUAUUUUAAUAUUGCCUCAUCUAAUCGCGCAAUGGCUUAUGGGCAUGUUAUUCGCAUACAUCCAUUUGGGACCAAGAUACGCACCCAUACAGAAGAUCCUCCCGUUGUGUUUCCUUACGCCGUUACUUUUGGCUAUGCUGCCCUUACCGCAUGUUGUGCUUAAACAUUCACCAGCAUUUGCAGCUAUUUUACCUCUAGUCUUAACGAAGAUUUCACUAUGGAGCAGUUCGAUGGAUGUCGGGAAAACAGUGUACAAUGGCUAUCAAUAUGCACGAAAUUUUGCAACAAACUUCGGCCUUUCAGCACUUGUUGAAAAUGAAUGGCAACGACUUAAUGUGCCAUGUGUGUUACGUGCUUUUUGGACGAUACGAUUGUGCGAACAACUCGUUUCAGUGAUUGCCACGAGCAAUGCCCCGCUAAAUUUUUUGAGUACCAUACAAAGUCUACUGGUGAGCGGCUGCGAAACAUUGACAGCAGUUCUCGGGAUGACCAGCAUAAUAUCCAUCAUUUGUCAUUACAUCGGAAAAAUGUUUCAGUUCUUUCUGCUAUCUGAAGACUAUGACGAGGAUAAAUCAAUUGGAACUGUUUCGGCAAUUCUCUUUUAUAUUUUAGCACUUCAGACGGGUUUGACAUCGCUUAGUCCAGAAAAGCGUUUUAUUCGUUUAUGCCGAAAUCUGUGCCUUCUUGUUACGGCAUUACUGCAUUUUUUGCAUAAUAUCGUAUCGCCAAUUUUAAUGUCAUUAAGUGCGGCCCGAAAUCCAUCGCGGAAAAGACACGCUCGGGCGCUGAUUGUAUGUGCAUUCCUCCUGGUGGCUCCGAUUGUUUUACUGACGGUCUUAUGGUCAAAGCAUUCACCAUCAACUUGGCUCCUGGCUGUAACCGCCUUCUCGGUUGAAGUCAUAGUUAAAGUCCUAGUGAGCUUGGCGACGUACACCCUAUUUCUGCUGGACGCAAGGAGACAAACCUUCUGGGAGAAAUUAGAUGACUACGUUUAUUACAUUCGUGCCGUUGGGAAUUCGGUGGAAUUCUUCUUUGGGAUUUUCUUGUUUUUCAAUGGUGCUUGGAUUUUGGUGUUCGAGUCGGUGCGAAAUGCUGCAGGCGGUGCAAUCAGGGCUCUGAUGAUGUGUAUUCAUGCAUACUUCAAUAUAUGGUGCGAAGCACGGGCUGGUUGGUCUGUAUUCAUGAAAAGGAGAACGGCUGUACACAAAAUUUCAUCAUUACCAGAAGCUACCCCACGUCAACUUGAAGCAUUCGAUGAUGUUUGUGCCAUUUGCUAUCAGGAAAUGGCCUCUGCAAAAAUAACCCGAUGCAAACACUUCUUCCACGGUGUUUGUCUUCGAAAGUGGUUGUACGUUCAGGAUCGUUGUCCGUUAUGCCAUGAAAUAAUGAUGUACCAUGAUGGAAAGCCAGAUGAAAAGGACGAACAGCCCGCAGAUAACAGAGCAAUAGAUAAUUCAAAUCGUCGUGCAAAUGCCAAUGAAGCAAAUUCAUCAGUGUCGGCAUCCACGCAAAACACGGGUAGUUCACAAACCAGUAGCAGUAGUAUCGAGUUUCGAAUAUCAACAAAUACCACACAAGUUCUCACAGCUGAACAUGAUUUAAUUGGAAAUGAAGUAGAAUAAACAAACAAUAAAAAAUAGUUAAAUUUUUUAUAAAAAAAAAACAAUCGAUAUGUAUUUACACGCUACUAUUAUUAUGGUCUUGAAAAGAUAUACUUUCGCGGUUUUUUCUUUUUCCAUCUGUUCUUUUUAUAUGAACGUACUUACAAUCGAAAAAGGAAGAAACAGAAAACAAAUUGAAUCUACUGAAUUAUUUAUUUAUACUUCCUGUGAAUUUUUCUUUUUAUUUCCAAACUCGAAGUUUAGUUCAUUUUAAAUAUAGGGAAAAUGAGGAGAAAAUCGUGUGGAGCCGUAGGCGACAAAGUAGACAAUUCUCAUUAAGUUUACGGCAAAAAAAAACACUUGAAGCUAAGUGAAGAGAUGGGAUGUUCAAAAGUCAAGUCUGAUGAUAUUCUAUAUAGUAAAUUAUUUAAAAAAAAAAAACACAGACAUAAUUUUUAAGAUGUUUCUGAUGUUGCUGUCCAAUAUAUAUAUUUUUAAUAUGUAGUAAAAGAACAAGGUUUAAAGCUAAAAA